AUGAGUAACAUUAGUCGUUUCCAUACUCAGAACACUCAAGAAGAUGAAAAUUUUUCUUUCCUUGAAUAUUCUGGCGGUGACACUCAAGCUACUGACUACGACUACAACGACUUUUCGGUUGAUUCAACUCUUGCUUCUCAGCAAUCAAGUAAUUUACUUAAUGGUUCCCAAAAUCAAUUUGUUGAACCUGAUCUAAGUGGUGUUGUUGGAGAUGAACUAGAUUCGUUUCAAUAUUGUGGUAUUCACUCGGUAAAUUCCAUAGCUAGAUGUGUUACUUGUAGUAAAUGGUUUUGUAAUUCGAGAGGUAAUACAUCGGGUUCUCACAUAAUCAACCACUUAGUUCGUGCAAAACAUAAAGAAGUGGCUUUGCAUCCUGACUCGCCACUUGGAGAAACUACCUUGGAAUGUUAUAAUUGUGGUUGUAGAAAUGUGUUCUUACUUGGUUUUAUUCCUGCAAAAAGUGACACUGUAGUUGUACUUCUUUGUCGUCAACCUUGUGCUGCUAUGCCAAGUAGCAAAGAUAUGAAUUGGGAUACUUCUCAAUGGCUCCCUCUUAUCGAUGACAGAUGCUUCUUACCUUGGCUUGUAAAAGUUCCGAGUGAACAAGAACAACUUAGAGCUCGUCAGAUCACAGCUCAACAAAUAAAUAAGCUUGAAGAGUUAUGGAAAGAUAAUGCUGAAGCUACUUUAGAAGAUUUGGAGAAACCUGGUAUUGACGAUGAACCACCACCUGUUUUGUUAAGAUAUGAAGAUGCGUAUCAAUAUCAAAAUAUUUUUGGUCCUUUAGUAAAAAUGGAAGCUGAUUAUGACAAAAAAUUAAAGGAAUCACAAACUCAAGAUGACAUUGUGGUAAGAUGGGAUAUUGGUUUGAAUCAGAAACGUAUUGCAUGGUUUUAUUUACCAAAAUUAGAAUCUGGAGAGGUUCGUUUGGCAGUGGGUGAUGAGUUGAGGCUUCGUUAUCGUGGUGAAUUGCAUCAGCCUUGGGAAUGUAUUGGACAUGUAAUAAAAAUUCCAAAUAAUGUUAGCGAUGAAGUUGGAUUGGAAUUACGUAGAAAUGAUAAUACACCGGUCGAGUGUACACACAAUUUCUCCGUGGAUUUUGUAUGGAAAUCUACUAGCUUUGAUAGAAUGCAAACUGCAAUGAAAACUUUUGCCAUUGAUGAAUCUUCGGUCAGUGGAUACAUUUAUCAUAAAUUGCUUGGUCAUGAAGUUGAACCUCAAGUUCUUCGUACUCAAAUGCCAAAAAGAUUUUCGGCACCAAACUUACCAGAAUUAAAUCAUUCACAAGUUUAUGCGGUCAAAAGUGUACUACAAAAACCUUUAAGUUUAAUUCAAGGACCACCCGGGACAGGAAAAACCGUUACUUCUGCUACAAUUGUAUAUCAUCUUGCAAAAAUGAAUCCUGGUCAAGUUCUUGUUUGUGCCCCAUCAAAUGUUGCAGUUGAUCAACUAACAGAAAAGAUUCAUGCAACUGGUCUUAAAGUUGUAAGGCUCACUGCCAAAUCUCGUGAAGCUUUAGAUUCGCCUGUUUCAUUUCUCACAUUACAUGAACAAGUGAUUAAUAACGAUACCAAUCUCGAAUUGCAAAAAUUGAUUCAAUUGAAAACAGAGCAGGGUGAAUUGAGUAGUUCUGACGAGAAAAAAUACAAGAUGUUAAAACGUGAUUGUGAAAGAGAAAUUUUACGGAACGCUGAUGUUAUUCUUUGUACUUGUGUGGGUUCAGGAGAUCCUCGUUUAUCCAAAUUUAAAUUUCGAACUGUUUUGGUUGAUGAAGCUACUCAAGCAACUGAACCAGAAUGCAUGAUACCACUUGUUCUUGGUUGUAAGCAAUCUGUUCUUGUAGGUGAUCACCAACAAUUAGGACCUGUUAUUAUGAACAAAAAAGCAGCACGUGCUGGUCUUUGUCAAUCAUUGUUUGAAAGAUUAGUUAUCUUGGGCAUACGUCCAAUCAGAUUACAAGUUCAGUACCGUAUGCAUCCUUGUCUUUCCGAAUUUCCAAGUAAUAUGUUUUACGAAGGCUCUUUGCAAAAUGGUGUAACUACACAAGACAGACUUCGAAAAAAUGUUGAUUUCCCAUGGCCCGUCCCUGAAACUCCAAUGUUUUUCCAUUCUAAUUUAGGGCAAGAAGAGAUUUCAAGUAGUGGUACUUCCUAUUUGAAUAGAACAGAAGCAUCAAACUGCGAGAAAGUAGUUACAAAGUUUCUAAAAUCAGGAAUUUUCCCAGCUCAAAUAGGCAUAAUAACACCAUACGAGGGACAACGCAGCUACAUUGUUAGUUAUAUGCAAUCCAAUGGAUCAUUACGUAAGGAUUUGUAUAAAGAUAUCGAGGUGGCAAGUGUUGAUGCAUUCCAGGGUCGUGAAAAAGAUUAUAUUAUUUUGAGUUGUGUUAGAAGUAAUGAGCAUCAAGGAAUAGGUUUCUUGAAUGAUCCUAGACGUUUGAAUGUAGCAUUGACUAGAUCUAGAUAUGGCGUUGUUAUUUUGGGAAAUCCCAAGGUUUUGAGCAAGCAUCCCUUAUGGCAUCAUCUUCUUGUUCAUUACAAAGAAAAAGAAUGUUUAGUCGAAGGGCCGUUGAGCAAUUUAAAGGUUAGCAUGAUUCAAUUCAGUAGGCCAAGGAAAACAUAUCAUAAGGAUGAUAAAUUCAGGCAAGGAUUGGCUCAUCAAAUUGAUGCUCGUGAAGCUUUAGCAAAAGCACCUGUUGCUAGUGAAAAUCGUCGUGGUAAUCGCGUUUAUGAUCAAGAUUUCAUUAGAACGCAUGAUCCUGUUGGUUAUAUACCAUCUGACAUGAGUGCCAUACCACCGUCAUCACAAUUUACCAUUCCAUUAUUGCCAACACCAAACGGACCUUUUACACAAGAUUUAUCGCAAAGUAGUAUCUCCAGUCGUAAAAACACGAAACUGCAAAAUCAAAAUUCACCAUCAUCUGCAGCCGCAGCUUCAUCAACAGCUUCACCAUUUAAUGGAUAUUCUAAUUCAAUCUCAUCACAAGGACUUCUCACACAAAAUGCUUAUAGUAGCCAAGGUUCUAUGAGUCUUACAUUGUCACAAUCUGAUCGUGUUUGUAUGAUGGAAAAUUCUAACGCCUCAUUGGAUCAUGCUUCGUUAAUGUCUCAAGAUAGCUCAAUUGAAUUCAUGGAUGAUUAUAAAAGUCAAGGCGAUGAUACAAGAGCGUGGAAUCGAUUAAUUGAGUUUUCUUUUUAG